UGUCGAUAAUUACGAAAGCAUUGCGUGUUUGGCAGAAAGGCUGGAAUUCAGGAUGAAGCAGUGAUGGAAGAAGAAGCGGAAAAUAUUUGGUCAUCUCUUCUGUCUCAAGUGCAAACAUACAGUCCAACUAAACUUCCAAAUGGCAAAUAUUUACUUGUAUUAGGUGAUAAUGAAUCGGGAAAAACAUCACUAGUUGCCAAACUACAAGGAAUUGAAGAUCCAAAAAAAGGAUCAGGAUUGGAAUAUCAUUAUUUGACUAUUAGGGAUGAUUAUAGAGAUGAUCAAACUAGAUUAGGAAUAUGGAUUCUUGAUGGAGAACCAUGGCAUAGAAAUCUCCUGAAAUUCAUUUUGAAUGAAGAAACACUUCCUCAUACAACUGUUUUACUGAUAGCUGCUAUGUCUGAACCAUGGAAUAUUUUAGAUUCUUUAGAAUCCUGGGUGACAAUUCUUCAGGAACAUCUUGAUAGGAUAAAGCUUUCUCCUGAUGUUCUGAAACAAUGUCAAUUUGAAGUUCAAAAAAAAUAUAACAAUUAUGUUGAACCAGGUGAGGAUAUAUUUAUAACAUCUUAUUACCGAAGUGUUGAAGCAGAACCUAAAAUCACAGAUAAAGAUACUCUUUCUCAUAAUCUUGGAUUAGAAAUAGUCGUCGUAAUCACAAAAACAGAUUGCAUGUCAAUGCUAGAGAAGGAAUUAGACUAUAAAGAUGAACAUUUUGAUUUCAUUCAGCAGGCUCUGAGGAAAUUUUGCUUAAAAUAUGGAGCUUCCCUUAUUUAUACUUCUGUAAAAGAAGACAAAAACUGUGAUGUACUGUGGAAAUACUUGUUGCAUAAGAUAUACGAUUUUCCUUUCAGGACACCUGCAUUAGUUGUUGACAGAGAUAUUAUUUUUAUUCCAUCUGGUUGGGACAGUCAGAAAAAAAUUGCAAUAUUAUAUGAAAAUCUUGCUUGUGUAGCUCCAGAUGAUUCAUACAAUACUGCUGUAUCUCGACCAUUGAUAAAAAGAAGCCUUUAUAGAGAAGUUGAAGUUUAUGCUGAUAGUGAUCAAGCAUUCCUAAUGAAGCUUGUAAAUGUUGCAAAUCAACCAAUACCACCAACAAGUAAAAUGGUAAAAAAGGAAUCGCCACUUCGAAAUCCAAUAGCUGUACAGAAAUUAAUGGAGAAAAGAUCUAUAAGUAUUCCUUUACAAAGUUCAACACCUAAAAAGAUGGACAGUAAACCUACAACUGGAAGUGAACAACUUUUACAUAACUUCUUCAGCAGCUUAUUAAAGAAGCCAUCGGGAUCAUCCAGCUUUCUAGUUUCAGAUAAAUCUCCUAUAAAUAGUACAUCCACCCUAGAAUCUUCAUUAAACAGAAACGAUGCUGGUAGUUCAAGCUCUGAAAGAUAUCCUUCUUAAUAUAAACAGGCAACUGCUUGAUUAUACAAUAUAUACAUAUAUAUAAGUGUUAAAUUAUUUCACUAUUGUUAUUAUUUUCAUUUCUUGUUUUUAUAUUAUAACUUUUAUUACCUAAAUUAUUUUAAAAAAUAAUUUUGCACAAAUGUUGUUCUAAUGAUUAAAAAAAUCAUGCAAUACUUCCUGAAAGAUGUGAAUACAAAUUUUCCUUACAAAUUAAAUAUGAAAAUGAAUUAAAUGCCAAAGAUUUAUAAUUUAAAAAAAAUAUUUGCCAAAAAAAAAUAUUUGUUUAUAUACAAAAUUUUGAACUGUUUAAAUUAUAUCAUCGUCAUAUCAAUCUUUGUAUUUAAAAAUACUAUAUUUAUACAAUUGUUUAAAAUAUAAUGAGCCAAUUUGUUAUAAAUUUUAAGUAUUUGGUUAGUGUGAGGACACGUUUUCAUUGAAUAUAAGUUUAUACGGGUAUUAAAUCUCAAUACUAUUUUUUAAAAUUAUAUAUUAUUGUAUAUUUUGGUUGAUCAUAUAAUUAUUUUACAGUUUGAUGAUAAUAAAGAUCAUAGAUGUUAGUAUACUGAGUUUUUUUCUCUUGGACUGUAAACCAUUUUUAUUGUUGGGCUGCAAUUUGAAAAAAUUGUAGACUUGUUUAUAUGUCUGUCCUUCCUUAAUCUCAAGAAUGGUGUUAGAUAGAUGAAAUUUGAGACUGGAUAUGAAAAACUUAGGUGCAGAAGGCCCCAAUUAACUAUAUACAAACUUUCACUUUGGGCCAGAAGUCAUGUUAUUUCAAUUCAAAAAUUUUCUCCAGAACAGAGUUAGAUAACUGGUGUGACUUUAUUGUUAACAGGGAAAGUAUGAUGUGCAGGGGUAAGACACUUCUAAACUUAAGCACAUCAUGACGAAAAACUGAAGCCAGGCAUUGCAAUGAUGUCACAAUAAAUAAUUGCUUGUUUUUUAUUAAAAAUAAAUAAAAUAUUAAUUUUAAAUAUAUAAUUUACCAGUAAAUUAAAUGUG